UAGAAAGGAAAAGUGGGAUUGGGGCGGUGACGUUAUCUCUCUGGAAAAGAGGGAGGGAGGAAAAAGAGAGGGAGGGCUGGACUCCAUUAAUGCGAAGCCUGCCGCCUGGAAAAGUGUUUGGGAUACUUCACUUCUUCGGCGAGUUCUUCGGGGAUUUUUUUCUCUUUUUAGCACCCAGUCAAUAAUAUAUACAUGAUUUAAAGAAGGGGGGCUUGUUCUGUGCCGUGUAGUCGACUCUUUUGGUGUGUUUUUUUCCCGUCUUUUUGAAGGAUGGCACUGGAUGGGAUCCGGAUGCCCGAUGGCUGCUAUGCCGACGGCACAUGGGAGCUGAAGAUGCAUGUCACCGACCUCCACAGGGACGUGUCUCUGAGAGUCACUGGGGAAAUCCACAUCGGUGGAGUUAUGCUCAAACUUGUGGAGAAGCUAGAUGUGAAGAAGGACUGGUCAGACCAUGCCCUGUGGUGGGAAAAGAAGAAGACAUGGCUGCUGAAAACCCACUGGACUUUGGACAAGUACGGCAUCCAGGCCGACGCCAGGCUGCUCUUCACGCCGCAGCACAAACUGCUGCGCCUGCAGCUGCCCAACAUGAAGCACAUGAAGGUCAAGGUGAACUUCUCAGACCGGGUCUUCAAGGCUGCGUCGGACAUCUGCAAGACUUUCAAUAUCCGCCACCCAGAGGAGUUGUCUCUACUGCGCAAACCUCGUGACCCCAAGAAGAAAAAGAAAAAGUUGGAGGAGGCAGAAGAGGACAGUCUGGAGCUGGAGGGUCCCCUGUUGACUCCUGGAUCUGCCUCUGAGAUAAUUUGCAUCGGACCAGUGAAAGGGAGUAUCUACUCUAGUCCAGGCUUGUACAGUAAGACCAUGACCCCCACCUACGAUUCCAGAGAUGGCAGCCCCCUGUCGCCCACCUCAGCCUGGUUUGGGGACAGCCCCCUGUCAGAGGGCAAUCCCGGCAUCCUUGCUGUCAGCCAGUCGAUAGCCUCACCAGACAUCCUGGUUAAACUCUACAAACCCCAGUCCCUGCUGGACAAAGCCAAGAUCAAUCAAGGGUGGCUGGACUCAUCCAGGUCUCUCAUGGAGCAGGAUGUGAAGGAGAACGAUGUGCUGCUGCUGAGGUUUAAAUAUCACAGCUUCUUUGACCUCAACCCUAAGUAUGAUGCCAUCAGAGUCAACCAGCUCUAUGAACAGGCCAAGUGGGCCAUCCUGCUGGAGGAAAUUGAGUGCACAGAGGAGGAAAUGAUGAUGUUUGCUGCCCUGCAGUACCACAUCAACAAGCUGUCAGGCAUGUCUUCAGACAACCACAUGAAUAACAGCGAGAAGGAGGUGGAUGAGGUGGAUGCAGCGCUGUCUGACCUGGAGAUUACUUUGGAGGGAGGGAAAACCUCCAGCACACUGGGUGACAUCACAUCUAUUCCAGAACUGGCAGACUACAUCAAAGUCUUCAAACCCAAGAAGCUGACGCUGAAGGGCUACAAGCAGUACUGGUGCACGUUCAAGGACAUCACGAUUUCCUGCUACAAGAGUAAAGAGGAAGCACUCGGGACACCUGCACACCAAAUGAAUCUCAGAGGUUGUGAGGUAACGCCAGAUGUGAAUAUUUCUGGUCAGAAAUUCAACAUCAAAUUGCUAAUCCCCGUGGCCGAUGGGAUGAACGAGAUCUGGCUUCGGUGUGACACAGAGAAACAGUACGCUCACUGGAUGGCAGCAUGUCGACUGGCCUCCAAAGGGAAGACCAUGGCUGACAGCUCAUACAACCUGGAGGUCCAGAACAUUCUCUCCUUCCUCAAGAUGCAACACAUGAACCCCGACCCUCAGUUCAUUGAACCAAUCACCACUGACAUCAACCCAGAGUGUCUGGUAUCUCCACGGUACCUUAAAAAGUACAAGAACAAGCAGCCAGGCUAUGUCAGGGAUUUGAUUUCCGCCCGAAUUCUUGAAGCCCAUCAGAAUGUGGCCCAGAUGAGUCUCAUCGAGGCUAAGAUGCGCUUCAUUCAGGCAUGGCAGUCCUUGCCAGAGUUUGGAAUCACUCACUUCCUUGCAAAAUUCCAAGGAGGAAAAAAAGAAGAGCUGAUCGGAAUCACCUAUAAUCGCCUGAUCCGGAUGGACGCCCACACUGGAGACGCAAUCAAGACCUGGCGCUUCAGCAACAUGAAACAGUGGAAUGUCAACUGGGAGAUCAAGAUGGUGACUGUUGAGUUUGCGGACGAGCCCAGUCUGUCCUUCAUCUGCGCCGAAGUGGACUGCAAGGUGGUCCACGAGUUCAUCGGCGGCUACAUCUUCCUGUCGACACGCGCCAAGGACCAGAAUGAGUCGCUAGAUGAGGAAAUGUUCUAUAAACUGACCAGCGGCUGGGUCUGAGCAGUCCCAGGCCAGCAGGGGUCAAUGAUUUUUAGGUCAGGGGUUGGGAAGCAGAGCAGGCUUGUAUGGGUUUAUUUUAUUGUAUUCUGUUGUCUUUUUAAGUGUUUGAAACUGUGCUGAAGAAGUCAAAGUUUAGCACAGAUAUUGCCAAGACUGACACAAUUAUUGUUCUAGCUUGAUAUAUCUAUCUAUCUAUCUUUGUAUAUAUAGCUAGAUAUAUAUAUCUAGCUAUAUAUAUACUGCAUUAAUGCUCAGUCAUUUGUUACGUCACUAAUGUUUUGGUUGGUACAAUCCAGAUGAAGCCUUGUGUUUUAGUAGGAACCUUAGAAUAACACCUUGUACCACCACCUUCUUAUUCUCCUCUUCGCUUUCUUGUCUUUUCUUCUAUUAGAGUUAUGGCCACAAAAUUGAAUCCAUGAUGACUGUUUGAUCAACCUUUAGAUUUAAUCCCAAAGAAUAUAUUUCAGACUUGUCUUUUUUUUCUCUCUUAAUCAUAUUCCGUAUUUUUCCUUAGUCUGGAAAAGUAUGGAUUUGAUUUUAUCAUUUGCCAAGUCUGGAGAAAUGUAGAGGAAAUGUUCUUUCAGACUUUUUUAGUUAUACAAAAGAUUUUAAAAAUCCACAUCUCAUAACAUGUGGCGUUAUUUCAAUAAUGACACUCAUUUGAGAUUCGUCUUUGUAACUAAUCUUUGUAACAUUUAAAUGAGCUUUUUUAAAUUUUGCGUCAUGAUGUCAUAACUAGUUUAAGUAUUAUGGAUUAAAUUAUACUUUGCCAAAUGCUCAAGAUGACUGAAGUAUCUUGAGCGUUUUGUUUUCAAAUGAUCAUAAUAAUGUAAUAAGAACUGACAAAAAAAUUUUGUCAAAUAAUUCUGAAUACUGAGUGAAGAUGAUGAAGUUCAAAACGGGGCACAUUUCAAAGCCCUGCAUUCUCUUCUAUACCUGGACUAAAGGAGCUAAAAUCUUGCCAUAUUAACUAAUAUUUAUUUCACAUAAAGGAGUGAGUCAAUCAAUAAAUCUGAUUGGUUGGGUAUUUGUAGUGGCAGUGGCUUUGGAUUACUGCUCUUUAUGCCCACCUUUCCCUUUCUAUUACUCUCCUUUGCGUCUCAUGGAAACCCUUUUGGUUUAUAGAUUCCUCUCUAUUAAGCUGUUAAAUUUUUCUUUUGCUUUCUUAUUUCACACUUUUCGUCUCGUUUGGUUGAGCCACCCGGUUGGCCGUGUAUUAGCCUUACGCAGACACCCUUGCAAGCCUUCAUUUGUAUUCAGCAGACUGAAUAGGAAACAUUUCUGAAAACGCUACACUUUAGUGCGCUGUAAUGAGCGUCCUGUGGGUUUUACCACCUGGGUGUACCGAAUAAGGUCAAAAUGUCUCAUUCAGUUCGAGUUAUAUGCAAAGGCACCAAUUCUUUUUGUGACUUGCCUACAUUUAUUUUUUUUUUAACUGUAACAGCAAAAGAUGUGGCCGUCUGUAGCUGCUUUUACGAGUUUUAAGCAACCGGAGACUUGAAAUUACAGCUGUGACGUUAAAGUGCAUGUACACUACACGAAAGGAGGAACACUAUCACUGUCCCUCGAAGCAUGUCCUACGUUAAUGAAGUCCUGUUUCUCACCGUAUAGUAUUAUAUUGUUAUCAAUACACACCAGCAAAAGGUCACCGAAUUUAAAGAAUGAAUAUGCAAUUUUUUUUUUUGUUCUCUUCUCAGUAUGAAGGAUUGAUAAAUGAAGUAUUGUUAUUUUUUGUAACUAAUGUAAAAACACAAACAUUUUAUAAAAUUGUACAGUGAUUUUUUUUUUUUUUCUGCUUUGGGGAUUUGGAGGUUUUUUUGUUUUGUUUUUUUCCUUUCAGAAGCCAUCAGUCGACGUGUGUAGCUUUCAGAACUGUGUCUGUACAUUGUGGUCUUACUGAGGUCCCACAUGACGAUGCAUAUGAAUUUAAAUGAAGAUAACACUAGUCUCAAACUCCUGACUUGGUUGAGAUGUUUUUUUUUCUUAUGUGCAGCCAGACCCUAUGCUGAGUCGUCAUUAUUUUUAGUUUAUUUUGUUCUUUUAUUUUUGUGUCUUCUCUUGUCCCAUUUGCAAAAAAGAAAAAAAAAAGUCAAUUAAUGGCCAAGAGAAUCAUAUUUAUUAUUUGUUUGAACUGACAACAAUUAUUUACAAACAUUUCUGCCUUAUAUUCAGCUUGUUCACAUUUUUUAUAACUUUUUUUUUUGUCACAACUGAAGAGUACCUAUAAUGUGGUGAAGAAGAUGACCCUGGAAUUUGAGACGAGACUGUUCAACAAAAAUUUAUAUUAAUAAAAAAUAAGAGAGAAGAAAAAACCCAAGCAUAUAUAAAUAUUUUUUUUCUUGUUGAUGCUUUGUUUGCCUCCAGUGUCCAGAGCAGCUGUGCAUGUCCUGCUGUUCUGUUUUCUGACUGUAAAAAAAAAAAAAAAUGCAUUUAUUUAAAAAAAAAAAAAUAAAGUAAUUUUUAUUUAAAUUAUUUGGCUCCAGUUUUUGCAGAGGCAUCUCUGCAAAAACAUCUGCACUCUUUUUGGUACAUUUCAUACCAAGUGGUAGACUCCAAUAAUGCAUACAUUGUAGUUCUUGAGUUGCUGACGGCAGCCGAGUGCAGAAAGAAUGAGAAGUCAUCAUGGUGUACUUGUUUACUUGCAAACAGGAGAUAUAUGGACUGAUGGAUUAAACUGCAUCCCAGCAGUCCAAUCCAUCAGUUCUGAAUAAAAUAUUGCCUACACCUUCAUUUUUUUGUCACUUCAUGUAAAAUGCUGUCUUAUGACGUUUUUUAAGCAGUUUAUUGCAUUGAGUUUGACUCGAUCUGCAUGACAUUUGCACUUUGUGACUCUUCCUCUUUUUUUUUUUUUUUUUAGGCUGUACAAUUAUUUACUUGAAGUCUUUUUGAAGCCUUCUUUAAAGCUUUGUAUGCACUGGCUUUAUCUUUCCACUAGAUGACAGAGUUCAACCAGAAGUACGCCUCCAUGCGACAGUCUCAGGCUGGUGCAAUCCAAACGUGACGAAAACAGA